ACAUUAACAUUUUACUUUGAAUUGAGCCAAACCUGGUCCGUUUGACCCAAAAAAAUAUUCAAAUUUGUUCUUCUGUCAAAUAAAAAAAAAUGAUUUGUGCGAAAAAGUGUGUGAGUUUUCUUUUAGUUAUAGCAGUGGUCAAUUCAGUGAAUAGUCUUCCGAUUGAGGAUGAGAUAAUUGUUAGUACAAUUAUAGAAAAAAUGGAUGAUGCUAUUGUGGAAUUAACGACGGAAUUUCCAAUACUCGUUGAAAUCAAAGAAGUAGACACUACGGAGGCACCAGCGCCAGCAAAGGAAAAAAUUAAAGCAUUAUCUUUUAUAUUAGACAGCUUGAAAGUUGUUAACGAGAAAGCAUUGAGUUUUGUUCAAACGUAUAUUACUGAUUUGGACAUUGAAAAUGGAGAAAAACCCGUAGUCAGUUUGGAUACGCCUCAAACUGAUAUUAAGAAAAAAACAAUAAAACAUCCAUUACUUCACCACUUCCUCGGUUCUGACUCUUCCGAUUCAUUGCAAACUGCUUUUGCCAAAUAUAAGGGUGCUCUGCAAAAUAUUGCCACCAAAGUAAAAACGAUUCCCGCGUCGAUUAUAAAACAUUUCACUGGAACAGGACCAUUACAAGAUCCAGUUGAAAAUGUGACGAGUUCACAAGGCGAUAUGAGUUUGAAGCCAGAGGUUCAAGCUAAUCCGGAAACACCUAUUUCAGAGACUCCAGUUAAGGUCUCUGUUACAGAAGUGAACGCAUCGAAUAUCGAAGCAAAACCCGAAGAAAACUCCGACACAAAACCAGAAGAAAAGCCCGAAUCCGAACCAGCCAAGGUCGAAGCAAGAAAAUUGGGAAAUUCGGAUAUUGUAGCAUGGCCUAACAGUGAUACAAAAGUAUCAAGAGAAAUUGUGGAAACGGUCAAAUCUGUUGUAGAUGCAACGAAGAGAGUAAAUGAAGAUGCUUUCAAUUUGGUUCAAGUAUAUCUAAGUCGAUUAUCUGAUGGCGUUCGAGGUAUUGAUGAAAUUUCGGAAAAUGAACGUAGUUUGGAUUCGUCGGCAGAUGAAGUUGAGCAAAAAGUAGGUCAAUUAAGCCUAGAACAAAUCAACGGAGACCCUCAAAAACUUGUAGAUAAUCAACGAAACGAUACAAUUAGUAGCACUUCAGAUCAAAACAAUACAAACUAUGCUCAAAUCAGCAGUCCACUUUACAAUCUAACGAUUCAAUUUUUUUCUUUUUUGAAUUCAAUUGUUCCUAGGAGGCUGGGUCGGGAGAUCGCCAGUAGACUCAAGGAUGGAGCUGAAGGUAUUGUCCGAAGUUUUUCGACCAAACAAAACGACUCACAAUUUAACUCAUAUAGACCAUUUAGUUAAGACUACAUUUAUUCGAAACACAAUUUUUGCUGUUUGUCUAUUCAUUCAUUAAUAAUGCUA